UAAAAUGAAAGAAGAAAAUCAUUAUGAUUGGCCUGACCCUACAAGAAAUGACCUCAUGUACUUAUCAACAAUCAGUAUCAUCUCAACUUUAAUAUCAAGGAAAUUAGAAUAAAUUACGAUCCAUCUCUUAGGACUAUAAAUAUACAACUAACUUACCAAAAAAAACAUAUUAUAACAAAGAAACCUUUAUUAAUAAAGUUGAUGACAUUCCCAUCAAAAAUAACAAAUUUGAAACUGUAAGAGAAAGUCUCUAUAUUGAUGAUAUUGCUGUAAAUAAUUAAAUUCAAAUUUAGGGAACUAGACCCUAGAUUGCUAAGUUUAAAACCACUAGAGAAACAAACCCAGUUGAACCUAUAUACAGAAUUCCUUCAUAUUAAGGAGCUGAUAUUCCUUAGCCUAAUAAAUUUAUUAGAGACACAUUAAACAUAUCAGAUAUUCAAGGUACUGUCCCAAAAAUUAAGAUCUAUAAUCCAAGAAAUGUAGAUCCUUACACUUUUAUUGAAGGCUCUAAACCUAAAUAAUUAAGACAUCUUAUUCACCCUUAGGAAGAAUAAGACUUGAAGAGAACUUCAAUUAGAUAAGUUAAUCCUCUAUAACCUUUUUAUAAAUGGGGAGAGGAGAUUAUAGGUCCUGUAGAGGGAUCACAACCUUAUAAUCAUUGCAAAGACAGAAAUAAAUUAAAAAGUCUUUCCUUAUAUACUAAGGACAUAACCGGAGCUUAAUCAGACACUGUAAAGAAAAUCCCGAAAGAAUCUUAGAAGAUAACAAAUAAUACCUAAGAUAUUUAUAGAGCAUAAGCUAAUACUAUAUAAAGAGGAAUGUAAACAAAGAGGCAAACUAAUCCGUUGCAACCAGCUUACUAAUUAUUAGGCUAAAGUGAACUAUAUAAUCUGCAAUUCAAAUGA